AAGGUUAAAAUUUUCAUAGGACAAGGUAAAAACUAAAAAUACUUUAGUCAAUAUCAUCUGAGCAGAUUCAGCAGUUGCCCAUGUACAAAUAUACCCAUCCUCUGUGAUUCUCCUCCUGUGAUGUGCAGCGGCCAGAGAAUGGACAACUUCACAAAUUCAUCUUCUCUCCCUUGUCUCCUGUGUCAGGAAACGGAUUCUAUUUUCAGAGAAAACGGAAUCGAAGAUGACGAAUACGGUUACUUGAGCCACAACCCACGUUUCCUCUCAGACAAUGGAGAGGAGUAUAUUGAGCUGUUGUUACAAAAAGAACGAAAUUUUGGUUCUUUUGGAUAUGGAAGUUUUGAAUCAUCUGGUAAUUGCUUAACCAACAGUAAACCCUGGAUGCAAUGUGCGCGGUUGGAUGCAAUUGAAUGGAUUUUCAAUACUCGAGCAUACUUCGGGUUCCAAAUCCACACUGCUUAUCUUUCCGUGACAUACUUUGAUCGGUUUCUUUCAAAACGACCCAUAGAUGAAAGGGAAUUUUGGGUUUUUCCAUUGUUAUCGGUGGCAUGUUUAUCAUUGGCAGCAAAGAUGGAAGAGAGUAAAGUACCUCCCUUGUCAGAAUUUCCAAUAAACAAGUACAAUGUUGAUAAUAGGGUGAUUCAGAAGAUGGAGCUACUGGUUUCGACUGCAUUGGGAUGGAAAAUGAGUUCAAUCACUCCUUUUGCUUUUCUGCAUUACUUCAUUGGUAAAGUUUGUGGCGAUUAUAAGAAAAAAGAAUUAGUCUCUAGAGCUGUUAAGCUUAUUGUGGCCAUCAUAAAAGAGAUUAGUUUUCUAGAUCAUCGACCAUCUGUUGUUGCUGCAGCUGCUGUGUUAGCUGCCUUUGAUGGUGGAUUAACACAAAAAGCAAUGGAACUCAAGAUGGAUUUCAUUUCAACAUGGGGGUCUCUAGAAAAUGAGAAUAUGUAUUCAUGUUAUAAUAUGAUGCAGGAAAUUGAGGGGGGAAGUUCUAGGACUCCCAAGAAUGCAAUUUCCUCUGAUUUAUCGUCUGAGUCAACCGAUGCUUAUGAAAAUCCUUCUGCUUACUUCAAAGCUCGAACUAAAAGGAAACUUACUUUCAGUGACUCUGAAGUAAUCCCAGGGAAGAAAAUUUUUGGCUAUGAUCACUAGAGCUUGAAGUUCUUUGCUAAUUGAUUUGGCUUCAAUGAUUGGACUGUGGCAUCCUCAAACAUAUAAUUGGUUCAUUUUGUUAGAUUUCCUUGUAGGCCUGCUGAGUGUUUUCUCCCUUGUGAUUAUAAUUUGGUGUUUCCGAUUUGGGGGUUUCAUUUUCCCAUAACAAACAAAAAUCUCAGCCUGUGACAAUCAAGAAGAUAGAGAAAAAUGGAAGUAAAUAAAUAGAAAGGGAUUACCUUACAGCUUAUAGUGAUAACUGAGAAGUAGAAGAAGCUGACUGAAAAUCCAGAAGCUAUUUUAGGAGGAAGAGAUGCAAAGAGAAUGCCAGAGAGAUAUUGAAGAUUGCUUGUCAUACUCAUUUUCGGUACCUUUUUUUUUAAUUGAUUUGUUUUGGGAAAAUCACUUGUAAUCCUGCUUUUGGGUGGGGGAGUUGGGAUGCUUCCUAUGUUUUUCAAAAGGCUGAAAGCCAUGAGGAAUGAUGGAUUUUUUUGUUUGAUUUGAUAUGCACUACUAGGAAGGGGCCUGUCAUCAUGAAUGAGAAACCCUUGUUUUUGGGAUAAGGGUUUGGGUGGGGGGCAUAAGAAUAAGAUGAUUCAUGGCAAUUGGCAAAUUGGGUGUCAGAGAGGCUCCACCCUUCCACAUGAUGCUUUCAUGGGGAUCUUGGGAUAUCCAUGUCUGUACUUCUGUAUUACGUACAAUAUUGUAUUUUAGUAUCUAGUAAUUACCAUAUAGUUCAUCAUGUGAACCUCCAUGGGCUCCUCUACUACUGUAACAUCCAACAAACAAAAUAUAAUUGCAAUGGUUAU